GCACGGUGAGGACAGCAGUGGGCUCAGCGUCAACGAGAGCUAACACUUAGAGAAAAAAGUCAGUGAUUGGCACGUCGGAAUAACUCUUGGAGUUUCGUGACUGGCUCAAAUUUGUUCAAAAGAAGUAAAGGAUGAUUCUGCUCUUGGAAAUAUGUUUGCUGACUUUUGGACUGAUGGCAAGUUCCGAGGCCUCUAUCCCAGCCAAUGCCAGACAUUACAUUGAGCAGCUCAACAAAUACUAUGUAAGUAAGCAGAAGACCACAGAGGGCACUGAAUUAUUUGAUGGGAACCCUCUUUUCUGGGGAAGACUGGACGGCUUUGAGAAGCCAGAACAGAAGCUCCUGAUGACCAUUAUUCUGGACGCAUAUAACAGAAUCUUAACCCAGAUGCAGAACGAGACGGAGGAUGCAGAUGUGCAGAACAAACUGAUUAAAGUAAAGGAGUACCUGAACAAGCUGAAAUUACACUACUUCUCAGACAAACAUAACAAACUCAAGACACAAGCCAGUGAGGUGAUGGCUAUCAAUGAAACUGACCCAUUGGUUCAGCGCAAAGCGUUGUUCGAGCUGAUAAAAGUCUACAAUGAAGCAGCAAAGCUGGGAGACCCUUCAGUACAGAACCACAGGAGUCGACGACAGGCUAAGGGCUCCAGAAAGCACCGAUCAAAGUCCUAG